AUGAAGGCACAGGCAGUGCUGUCUUUCUUCUUCACUCUUAUACCAUCUCUAUGUGGAUCUCAAGCUUCCUUCAGUCAUGUUAGUAUGAAUGAGCAAAUCGUCACUGGAAGACUAGGUGAAGAUGUAAUUCUCCCUUGCUCAUUUGAUAGUGGACCCAAUGUUGUAAUUCACUGGAAGACUCAAGAUACCAAUGUUUACUCAUACUACAAAGACAGCGACCAGUUGGAAAACCAAGAUCCCAGAUAUGUAAACAGGACAUCCCUCUUCCGUGGUGAGAUUCACAAUGGGAAUGCCUCCCUGUCUUUCAGAAGAUUAACCCUUCAGGAUGAAGGAAUUUACGUAUGCUAUGUGGGAACAUCACUUGGAAAAAUCACAAAGAAAGUAGUACUCAAAGUGGGAGCUUUUGUCACACCUGUGAUGAAGUAUGAAAAGAACACCACCAACAGCUUCUUAAUAUGCAGUGUGUUAAGUGUUUUUCCUUAUCCAAUUAUCACAUGGAAAGUGGAUAAUAAUACAUUUAUCUCUGAACACAAUGGGAAAGAAGUUGGAUCUUUGGGUCCUUUUCAUAUAAACAGCAGAGUAAAUAUCACAGGAUCAAAUUCAUCUUAUCAAUGUGCAAUUGAAAAUCCGCUGCUGAAGCAAACAUGGACAGGGAGAUGGACAAUGAAAGAUGUCCUUCAUAAAAUGCAAAGUGAAAACGUUUUACUCUUGUGUAAACCUGAAAACAGUCUUUUCCCAGCAAAUCAAGACUUCACAGUCACUUGGUCCAGAGUGGAAAGUGGGAGUUCCUCGCUCCUGGCUUACUUUAAGAACUCCUCACAAGAAACACUAAUCAAUCAGCCUCGACUUUCAUGGAAAGAAGAGCUGAUAAACUCACAUGACUUCUCUUUAACUGUGAAGGAUCUGCGUCUUUCAGACAGUGGGGAGUAUUUGUGCAAUAUUUCAUCAAACAAAAGUACCUUACUCACCACCCAAACACUGCAUGUAGAAGCAAGCCCAAGAGCGCCUGCUGGGAUAAUUGUUCUAGUUUUGGUGGCCAUCGUAUCGGCAGUUUUGUUGUUGUCGGUGGCCCCUCAAGCUGUUAGAUCACAAAGAUGCAUCGAUUUCCACAAAGAAAGGCAUCCACCUACUAAUCAGAACUCUAGCAGUGCUGGUACUGCAGAAGAAAAUGUGGCUCUUUCAGACUAUCUACCCAAUACAGAAAAUGAAGACAGAAGUUUAUAA